CUAAAGUCCCUAGGCUCUGCUGCCCUGGCCUGGCACAACCCCUCACUUGUAACAGAGGCUGCAUCGCCAACCAUGACACCAUGUUUCUGAAGAAGUUUCAUGUUCACGUUCCCCAAGCCUCAUCCCGAGAGCCAUGGAAGGAAAGAGCUGGGGCAACCCUUGCUUCAACUAACCAUUGAGCUAGAUCAGGUCCAGCUUGCUUCAGGGUGGGGCUAGGAUUCUGCCUGGGCCUAAGCAACACUCCAGGGCUGUCAGGGAGCCUACAACUGGGCUGGGCUUCCAGGAAGCAAGUGAUUCAUGGCUGUCCCUGCCCUGCAGAUGGACACAGAGCACGGACAGGAUCAGACCUGUACCUUAGCCCUCUGGUACCAGGCACAGGCAAGGUAGACUUGGCCAGCUCCACCUCGGUCUGCAACAGCAGGAGAGCUGAGGGGGAGGGCAGGAGGCUCUCCAGUCUUCUUGAAAGCUCACCCCUCUGUGAGGCUUAGCUCUGACACACCACAGCUCUACACUCUUGGACCAGUUAGCAUCUCUGAGGAGACUCUUCCUUGGUCAGAUGUAAACAAAUACCAUCAGUGCAACCAAUAUUUGAGUAACAAUGUUUAUGUACAGGGACCAUUUUAGACACUGGAGACCCAAUCAGGGACAAGCCCAUAUGCCCAUGGAAUUUUCACAGAAAUGGGUAGAUAUGCUUUGAGUGCAGUACUGAAUUCUGCCUUGCUGUGCUUUGGGAUGCUUUAGCUGUGAGAGACGGAGUCCAAGAAAACCUCCCUGAAGUGAACAUGUUGAGCUUGUCCCAUAUUAAGCUGCAUCAGGAACAGAAACUCCCAUUUCGUGGGCCUAUUUGGGAGGGAACAGUCCGGUGACUGAUGCGAAGACAUCAGUCUCUCUGGUUGGUGGCUGUAGACCCACACAUCCAGCUUUCAUUCCCCUGGAAGGUGACCCCUGUCCUCUCCCUCCUAGCCUUCCUUCGCCUACUGGGGCCAUCCUGCAGGACUCUUACUAGCCGCCAGGAGACUAAGACCUAAAAAGAGACGGAUACCCAAGGUCACAUCGCUCGUGGGCGCACACCGGCAGUUCCAGGGCCUCCCAUCGCCUGCACAGGACUGCCCGGGCAACAUUUCCACGCUGCUGGGACUCCGCCUGUCUUUUCAGCCCUCCCCACCCCGAACCGCAUGCAGACCCUGCAGUGCCCAGGGGUAGCGAGGCCACAGACUAGCGUCGUUCAGCGCACCCGGCGCUCCGACCGCCCUCCCCACGGCUAGGUCCCUCAGUCCCCUCCUCUGACCCCUCCCGUUCCUUCCUAGGCCUCUUCUGCUCCUCAACCUAGGGCUACAGCACUCGAUCCUGUUUCUGAUUCUUCUCUGUCCCCAAGUCCAGCCUCUCCAGUCCUCACCCUGGUCGCCUCCUCCCGGAUCCCCGCCACCCUCUCUGCGUACCGGGUGACGCAGCACCGCCUCCCGCUCCCGCCUCCCCGCGCCGCCGCCGGGCAGACUGCAGGGGCCGCUAACGGUCCCGCGCCCCCCGGCGUCCGCGCGCCCCGCGCCCGGCGGACGAGGCCGCGCCGGCGGCGAUGGGCGCAAUGGGGGCGGCGGAGCCGCUGCAAUCGGUGCUGUGGGUGAAGCAGCAACGCUGUGCCGUCAGCUUGGAGCCCGCGCGGGCUCUGCUACGCUGGUGGCGGAGCCCGGAGCCCGGGCCCUCGGCGCCCGAUCCCGAUGCCUACUCGGUACCAGUGUCAGAGAUCAUCGCCGUUGAGGAAAAAGAAGUCCACCAGAAACAGUCCUCCAAUGGCCGAUGGCAUAGAAUGGAAAAUCCGUUUGCAUUCACAGUCCACUGUGUGAAGCGAGCUCGACACCACCGCUGGAAGUGGGCACGGGUGACCUUCUGGAGCGCCGACGAGCAGCUGUGUCAACUGUGGCUGCAGACCCUCCGAGAGCUGCUGGAGAACCUGAGUACGUGGGCGAACUUUCGGAUUUGUUGCCAGGCAGCACAGCUGUGGUGGCACGCGGGACUCAGUGGCCUGACCCAGCUUCAAGACCGAAGCAUUUGCUGGUAUUUAUCAACCCUUUCGGAGGGAAAGGCCAGGGCAAGCACAUCUAUGAAAAAAAAGUGGCACCUUUGUUCACCUUGGCUUCCAUCACCACUGAGAUCAUCAUUACUGAGCAUGCCAAUCAAGCCAAGGAGACUUUAUACGAGAUCAACACAGACAGCUAUGACGGGGUCCACAGAUUGUGUGUGCUACUCAACGGUGGGCACAAACGACGCAGAGACGUCAGCUUUACACAUCAUUAUUGGGGACUCACUGGCUAUAGAUGUGUCCUCCGUGCACCACAAUAGCACGCUACUGCGGUACUCGGUCUCUCUGCUGGGCUACGGUUUCUACGGGGACUUAAUCAAGGACAGUGAAAAGAAACGGUGGAUGGGCCUCGUCCGGUAUGAUUUCUCAGGGUUGAAGGCCUUUCUCUCCCAUCAGUACUAUGAAGGGACAGUGUCCUUCCUCCCAGCACAGCACACAGUGGGAUCUCCACGAGACCAGAAACCCUGCCGGGCUGGGUGCUCCGUGUGCAGGCAGAGCAAGCGACAGCUGGAAGAGGAACAGAAGAAAGCCCUGUAUGGCCUGGAGAACGCUGAGGAAGUGGAAGAGUGGCAAGUGGUAUGUGGGAAGUUCCUGGCUAUCAACUCCACCAACAUGUCCUGUGCUUGUCCCCGGAGCCCUGGGGGCCUGUCCCCAUUUGCCCAUCUGGGAGAUGGGUCUUCUGACCUCAUCCUUAUCCGGAAAUGCUCCAGGUUCAACUUCCUGAGAUUCCUCAUCCGGCACACCAACCAGGAGGAUCAGUUUGGCUUCACUUUCGUUGAAGUUUAUCGAGUCAAGAAAUUCCAGUUCACAUCAAAGCACGUGGAAGAUGAUGACAAUGACUUGAAGGAACUAGAGAAGCAGAAGUUUGGGCAGAUCUGCAAGGACAACCCCCCUUGCGCCUGCCCAACCUCUAGAAGCUCCUGGAACUGUGAUGGGGAAGUCCUGCACAGCCCUGCCAUUGAGGUCAGGGUCCACUGCCAGCUGGUGCGCCUCUUUGCUCGGGGGAUCGAAGAAGAGUCCUAAGGAAGAAUCCCAAAGCCCAGGAGCUUUGGGAAGUGUGAAUAUUACUUAAGAAAAUUUCGACUGACCAAUUAUGUUGACAUAUCCACUUGAAUUUAGAAAUUUAUUUUUGAUAGGUAAAUCUUGGUUUUUAGAAAAGACAGCUUUGUCAACAGUUCUGUAUACAUACCCGGCAUCCUCGGCUCCGCGUGCAUCCACGUCGUUUUUCACUCGUUCUCGGCAAACGGCACUCGCUGGUUUGGGGCACUGGCUUCCUAGAUUUUAGCCAUGCCGACCAGACGAAUUUCAAGACGGCCCUUUAGUGGUUACACUGCAAUAAUUUUAGGGACAUCAUGACAUGACUCCGUCCCAGGAAUCAGGUUACACCAUCUGGACACACGGGUAAUGGCCCGGUCACUCUGACCCCUCUGGUGAGACUUUCUCUGGAGUCAUCCAUGACCAGGUUUGGGAAGGCAGAUGGCUGUCUUUGCCUUCACUUUACGCCCACCUUCAUUUAUGAUCGGGAUGAGUCGCUGUGCAGCCCUUGCCGUGCACCGCAAACCGUAACUCAGCGAGGUCGUCUGCCCAGCCACACCUGCAGAACAGGGCCACGUCACUUCGAGGAGACGCCCAGGGUGAUGUCUCAUCCUCAGGAUCCCCACAUCUGCUGCGUUCAUAGCUGCGUCCUGUGAGACAAUCCAGCAAAGCACCCACUUGGAAGCUUUAUUCCGUCAGUCUUGGUAGCCUGCACGCCCUGGCCAGGGCAGUCCUCGAAGCACUGGCUAAGAGGAGGCUCUAUUUGGAAUCAAAGCACUUUCAUAGCUGGGUUUGUCGGGGAGGCAGUGCAACAUGGCACACACAGAGGGUACUUUGUGAGUUCGAUACCGCCCUCAACCCGACUGUCACCAGCGGGAUGGUAGGUGAUCUCAGGUCACCCCUCCCCCCAAGUACUUUGGUGCAAACUUUAUGUCUAUUCCUGGGUCUACAUCCAUUCUUCCCACACCAUGGAUUCUGUUCCAUGUACUUAUUUCACCGCUUUCUCCCUGUCCAUCAAGAACUAUGUCCAACACAAUCCACGACUUGGCAAUUUGCUCUCUCUCUCCACAAGGGGGCGCGAGCUGCUCUGGCUGAAGCCCUGGGCUCAUGACCAGUUUUCCUCUGAAGGCAUUCCUGACCCAGGGGCUUCUCAGCCACGCGCUAUGGCCUCUGCUGUGUCUCGAGACGGACGCAAUCUGAAAUGAGUGUAAAAGAGUUUUAUGUGAAAUUCAAGACUACGCAGCUUAAUCUUGACUUGCAAAUGGGGGAAGGGCACUGACUGUUACAAGAGUAGGUUUUAGGUUCUGCAUUGGGGAAAGCGUGCAUCCCAGAGGGUCCUGUUACUCUUCCACAGAGUUCCGCAGGCUGCACCUCUUUCUAGGUGCUCUUGGACUGACUUAUAUUUUGAGGCAUGCAGGAAAUCCUUCUGUUUAGUAUUCAGUCCCAGACAGACAGAAGAGCAGCUGCGAGGGUGGCCAUGUUAAGGAACCACUUUAAAGGCAAUCUUUAAAGGCGGUGCUAUUCAAUGAUUGGUUGUCGAGUGGAAAGCUGUUUAGAAAGAAUAAAUGCACCUAGCAAUUUCUAUCUAGAUCUGUCCCUGGAUGGACAGAACCCAAAGGUGUCAGACUAGCAGCUCUGUGAGUAGGUAGGCAGCUCUGAAGCAUCGUGAGAAAAAAUGCUUGGUUGGUCACCUCGACGUGCCCACUCACCCCUGGCAUUGGAGAGGGGGCUCAGGGCCCGAGGCAGCUGUGGGCGCCCCUGGAUCUCAGGAACUGCACUCUCCUCCAAGGAUUCAGAUCUUCAUUGGCCUUGCUACCUGAUACCCAUGCCCUGGUCCACCUCCUGCCAGUUCUGGAGGAGAGAGGCAGACAGAGGGUGCUUUGAUGGUGCUUUGCACUGCAUCCGGGAUCUCAAACCUUGGCGCUAUCACGGGGCAUCAUGAGUGUCUGACACUCAGGACCUUUGACACGGGUGUGCAGGAUGGGCGGGGACCCCUGACAUUCCCAAGUAGUAGACAGUCUCCAUGAUGCUUCUUAGAUGCAAUACCCCAACCUCCCCGGGUCUUAGGUAUUUUAGGAGAUAAAAAAAAACCCAAAAAAACAAAAACCAAACAGGAGUAAAGGUUAGACAGUGGCCACAUAGAAUCCUGUAGGGGGUGUGGUCCAUGUUUUAACUCCCUCUGUAGCCCACCAGUGCACAACAGUUAGGCAGCAGUCAUACGCGGUAACUUAUUCUUGUUUAUAGAAACUAAGCGGCAGAACAAGGAGCAGGUGGUUUCCCAGAGGAUGUUUCAGUCCUCCACGCAAUCUCCUGGAGCCAGGAGCACUGACUGGGAGCACUGACACGAGAAUGGCCCAAUAUGCCUCCCGGUCUUGCUGGCCUCAAGAUUAGGAAGUGGCAUAUUUAAUCUGAUAUGUUUGAGAAAACAAAAAAUAAAGUUACUUUGGGCAGAA